AUGGAUACUUAUUCUGUUGAUACACUGUCUUCGUCAUUUGUUCAUCUUCUCAAUAAAGAAGAACAACUUGAACUAUUAGUUGGAUUUAAUUAUGCUCCAGUAAACAGUGUUAUUGGUUCUCUUGCUGCUCAAGAAGUUAUAAAUAUCAUUGGUAAAAGGCCAACAUAUACUAAUGAAGACUCUAAUGGUUUUAUUUAUGACUCUGUUAAUAAUAUUGG